UCAACGGAGCUGUACUCCAUAGUAGUUUUGAAUUAAAAUUACCUUUUUGAUUUACUCAGUUUGACGUUGUAUCUGUAGCUACGUUGUCGGCAACUUGUCAUUGCUUGUUAAUUGAAAAUUUAAGGUAGACAGAUAUUAAGCCAUAAUCAAUUUUGUUAAACUUAUACUGUUAUACUGUUAAUAUCGCAAGCAUUCGUAUCAAAUUAUAGUGAGCAUUUUAUGCUGGAACGUCAGGGUAUGUAGCUAUGCCGAAAAAGACUGUAAAAUAUGCACAUUUGCGCGAUUCAACAUCUUCAGCUGAAAUUGAAGUAACAGAAAAAAUAAAACAUCAUCGUAGCGUACAUAUCGGUCCAAGAAACGGCCGGCGUUGGUUUUCCUUAAAAAAGCGUCUUGGUCUUCUCACAGACGAUGAUCUUGUUGUUUAUUUACUCGAUCUUGCUGACUCGAUUGCUGCACGUAGAGAAGACAAUUGUCGUGAAAACAUUGAAGCGUGGAAAAUACAAUGUGUGCAAGAUAAAGAAAGAUUGAGUAUUGCAGAAAAUGAAAAUGUUAAUCAUGAAGUUUUGCGUACAGAACUACCAAGAAGAAGCAUGAGAAAACUUGCAAUUUUAGAAGAAUCUGCAAAAAAAGAGAAGUGUGAAAAGGUUGACAGAUUGAUAAGCUUAUCAAAUAAUUUAGAUAAAAUAUCUCAAGAUACAAAGUCUUGCUCAAAAUCUGGUUCUCGUAUUAGUAAAACAAAACGUCAUAAAAAUAAAGCAAGACAUCAUAAAGAAAAGCGCAAAAAAAGAAAACAUCAAAAAGUAAAAAAUUCAAAGGACGUAAUUCCUAUUUUAGAUAAUAGGGUGAAAGAAGAUGUUCCUUGGGAAUUUGAUUCAGAUAUUGAUUCAGAGAAAAGCCCUAAUAACUUAGCGGAACAUAAUCUAUCACAAGCAUUAGAAAAAAAAUCUAAUUCUACAAAUUUGAAUAAAGUACUACCUAUGCAAACAUGUACCAAUGCCACUCACGUUAUUUGUCCAGAGAGUAAUAAAAUUGACAUAUCCGUUAAUCAAAAUUUUUUGAAUACACAAUAUCCUCAAAAGCAAUUAGAAUUAAAUGUGGUAGAAAAUGCUAAUACACAAAUUUUAAAAGCAGAAAAUAAUUCAAAUGGCUCUGUAAAAUCAAUAGUAGAUUCUGUAGAGUCAAGUGAACCUUCAACUAUCCAGUCAGAGAAGAUUACACUGUAUCAAAAAGGUAUAGAAAGUCCACAAGUUUCUAACAGUGAAAAUCAAAAUAAAAAAAAAAAGCGUUCAAAACAUGAAUCGAAUGAAUCUUCUAUUAUGCUAGUAGGGCUAGAUAAAUCUUAUUCUGAUGAAGUAAUACCAGUACAAAAGCGUGAUAAGAAGAAAAAUAAAGGAGAUCAAAUGAAAAAACAUCGUGAUGUUCGUAAAGCCCCACAGAAUGGAUUAAUAAUUGCAGAUGAUUGUCAAGAUAAAGUUACUUGUCCAAAGGAUGUAAGGCCAAUUCCAGCUGUUGAUAAUUCGUUAUGUAAUAACACAUUAUUAUCAGAAGGAAAUGAAAAUAAUGGUACAGAACCACCAAGAUUAGCUAUUAAAAUAAAAUUAUGUCAAGAAUGCAACAGUCGACAUUUACAAGAUGCUUGUCCUUUACAAGAACCCAAAUAUACAAUUAAAGAUUCAAUAUCACUUGAAGAUUGGAUAAAACAGUAUAAUAACAAUUUGGAAGUAAUGAAAGCUUUCAAUUCUAAUGAUCCUAUGACUCAAGGCUAUGGCAGACAUACAGAUGAUGGUUUUGAUUCUGAAGAAGAAUCAUCAGAACUAUACAAAUCAAAAAUGAAAACAGAUUGUGAAGAAAAACAACAAAGCAUUGAUACAAGUAGACCACUUUACGCAAGAGAUUCUUUGCCUGAAUGUUUAGAACUUAAAUUAUCAAAUAUGGAUCAUGGUCUUGGAGUAUUUGUAAAAAGUGUUGUUCCCAUGUAUGCACAAUUAGGACCUCUAAUUGGUAAACCUGUUCAAGAAAUGGACAUUCCUGAUGAUUUUUCAAUGAGACAUAUUUGGGAGAUUGAUCUUAAUAAUAAAACAUUGUACAUUAGCACUACUAACCCAUUGACUAGUAAUUGGAUUCGUUAUGUCAGACCAGCUGAAACUAAAGAUAACAGAAAUGUAACUGUCAUUACUAAAAAUGGAGAACUCUUUUUAGUUACAAGCAAAAGUCUAAUUGCAGGAACAGAGUUGACAUAUUGGUCAGAUUCGCAAUCAACAACUUGGACUCGAAAAAAUAAAAUAGAUAAAACAAAUUGUGGCGGAUGUAAUUUAAAUUUUAUACAUCCAAUCUAUUAUCGCUUACAUUGUUGCAUCUUCCAUGAUACAAAUUACAGUCUUACCAUAAGAAAAUAUCAUUGCAAAAUAUGUGGUGCAGCUGUUUUGGGAAAAGACAAUAUUAUGAAACAUGCAGCUCAACUCCAUGCAGGACGUGGUGCAUAUCAAUGUCAGUAUUGUAAAAAAUUCUUUUUAAGACUUAAUUAUCUUGAAAUGCAUAGAACAUAUGGUUGUUCACAAAAUCCUCAGAGAUCUAGGCCAUUAUGCGAUUUUUGUGGACGAAAGUUUUGCCAACCACAAAAACUUAAAGUUCAUAUCAAAAGAAUGCACAGUGAUAUGUCAGAAGUAUUGCGAGAAUUCCAAUGCAAACUUUGUUUAAAACUACUUGGUUCUCGUGCUGCUCUUCAACGACAUAUGAAAGAAGUUCAUCAUAAAGAUGUUGUUGGAGCGGCUACUUGUGACCGUUGUGGUAAGAUGUUUCAAAAUAAAAGUAAUUUAAAAAUACAUAUGUUGACCCACAGCGGAGUUAAACCUUUCAAAUGUAAGGAAAAUGGUUGUAAAGCAGCUUUCACGACAAAACAGUGCCUACAAUUUCAUUAUAAAAAAGUACAUGGCCUUAGUGAAGAAAUGAUGCCAAAAAUUGAACGUUCAGUAGCCUACACAUUUGAUGCCUAUAGUGGUGGUUUAGUAGAAGAUCUUGGUAGAGGGAAAAGCCCCAAAUUCAAUGCUGGUAACUCACAGGAUAACAGCGAUAGUUUAGCAUCAUUCGACGACUGUAGUAGCGAAAAUAAUAAUGCAUCAUCGAUCGCCGAAUUACCGUGCAGAAGUAAUAGUAGUAGUAGUAAUAGUAGUACAUCUUGUAAUAAACAACAACAGGUUAAUGUAGAAUCGCAUAACCAAAUAUCAACUGUAAUUACCAGAGAUUCAGCAGUGGAAAGUGCUGAGUCGGAUGCUGAUAUAUAUGGUCAGCCAUUAGAAUUAAAUAAAACUAAUAAAAAAUGGAUAACUGAAUUUGACCCAGCAACAGAUACACCACCGUCUACGUUAGCAGCAGAUAUAUACGACUUUCAUGAAAAUAGACGAGACGAGACAAAGAUUCAAUCGUCGAAUUCAACAUUUAUAGACGAACCAAAACUUGGUAUAAGUAUGUAUAGAAGAACCGAAAGUGCGAGUGCUAGUCUCCUUGUCGAAGCUGCUCUUGAUGCUGCUGAAAGAGAAAUCGGAGCUGUAUCUAGUCCAAUAUUAGAGGAAAAUGAUCGCGAGUCUAAUUUAUAUUCCAUUUCAAGUGAUCUUGAUUUUAAAACUAACUGUGCACAGAAUGAACAUCAAGUUGUACAAAACUCGCCCGAAACACAUCUCGACACAUAUAUUCAAGAUGAACAGAGCACUACCCAGACUAGAGCUACACAUACACCUCCCAGCCAUUUGCAUCUAGACUACCAUAUACAUAGGCCACUCGAUUAUGUAAGCGCGGCUAAUAGAUCGCACAGUAUUGAACAAUAUCUUGAACAAGACAUUCAACGCGUCAUUCACAUUAAUCAAGAUUUAACAUCUCCUUCACGAUAUCAACAAAACCUUUCACAUUCACACCCUCAGCCACAUUUGCAACCAGAAUCGUUAUCGGGUGAUGAAGGUGAUUCUGUUGCUCAAAAUUUGAGCCUACCCAUGAAGGAAAAGAGCAUGCAGCAACUUGAAUUAGCCAAGUAUGAUGGUCUUGAAAGUGAAUUUGCUUUGGUUAAUAGAGACCGGGCGAGAUUCGAACAUUUUGUUGUGCAACCUGCGGGAGAUCAGGGCUUAGAUAUGUCAGCUAGGGGAUUUCAACAAGCUUUUGAAUCCCAAAUACAAACCAGCGCUCAUCAUCACCAUCAUCAUCAUCAUCACCAUCGUCAUCAUCUAUAUGAAAUGAGCGAGCGAGAGCGUCAAGGUGUUGAUUUGAGUAGAACAGCUUCCUGUAUGUCUCCACCAACUUAUCCCUCUCCUUAUCCUCCUUAUUCUCAUGUUGAUGUGCCAAGAGUAGCUAGUUUAGAAUCGGCAUCAAGAUCUCAUCAUUUACACACGUCAGUCUCACGAAUAAUUACCAGUCCUCAACCUGCGAGUUCUAUGACUUCUCAUUUAGUACCAGAAAGUCUGGAGUCUCGCAUUUUAUCCCCACCUCCGCCGUCAAUGCCUGCUUAUAAUACAGCUUAUCCUGUAGGACCUAGUCCUUAUCAUACGUCCAGGUCAGGAUACCAUUAUUCUGGAUAUUAUUAGUGUAUACAAUUAUCAAUGUCUUAUAGUUUUCUGUAUUUAUUUAUAACUCAAAAGUUCAUUGUCAAAUUUGUAUACAUGACAGACGAUCGUGAUACCCUU